AUGAAAGAAGGAUUAGAGCAACUUUUUGCUAACUCGGGUGUACAACCUAAAACUGUCAUAAAUGACAUUUCAGAAGAGAUUUGUGAUGCAAAAAAACAAGAUGAUAUUAUUCAACAAUUUAAAAAAACUAUUCCAAACUUACAAUUCGAUAUCAAACCUCAAUUUUCAAAAGUCAUUUAUGACUCAGCUGAAAACAAAACAAACUCGGUAGAUUCGAUUAAAAAAUCGUUCUUUAAUCAAAUAUACAAUACACCACAUCUUCUCAUUGUUAAUAUUAGUAAAAGGGGAGAUGUUUUUGGUUGUUAUGUAUCAAAAAGAUGUGUUAAAAAGGAUAAUUGGAUUGAAGACCCCGAACAUAGGAUAUUCAGGUAUGAUCCAAAGACUAACAAAACAGAAGUUUGGCGUCUUAAGAAACAAUCAAAAAAUGGAACAAAAGCCUUUUACUUUAAAUCAGAAGGAGAAUAUUUGUAUGUUAAUAUGGGAAUUGUUAUCCAAGCAGAUCCCUUUGGAGCACCUUACAGUCAAAUAUACAAAUGGAUUCCAGAGCAUUAUUCUAUAGAUGAUUCCUCAAAAAUAGUUGGUCAUAAUCAGUUAUUUACAGUAAUAAGAACUAUUGUCUUUCAAACAUCUCCUCAAAGAAUUAAUUAA